CUGCCCCGGUGCUCCUGUUGCGUGCUGUGGACGGCGCGGUGUUUGAAUCGUUAUCGUACCGGAUGAAAUGACGGGAUCCGGGCGGUGAUUAUACGGGUGACAGGUUUACCAUUGGAGCCUGUGGAGCGGGACGAUGAGUUGGGUGGUGGAGGAGUGGAAGGAGGGUCUGCCCUCCAAGACCCUGCAGAAGAUCCAGGAGCUGGAGGCUCAACUGGACAAGCUGAAGAAGGAGCGGCAGCAGAAGCAGUUGCAGCUGGAGUCCCUGGAGGCCGCCUUCCAAAAACAGAAGCAGAAGGUUGAAAGUGAGAAGAGUGAAGCCACCGCGCUGAAGAGAGAGAACCAGAGCUUAAUAGAAUUAUGUGACCACCAGGAGAAGACGCGGCAGAAGCUGAGCCACGAGCAGCAGGCAAAAGACACGCAGAUCAAUUUCCUCGAUGGACAGCUGAGCGCCAGCAAGAAGCACAUAGAGAAGCUGGAGCAGGACCUCAAGAGAUACAAGAAUGACCUCGAGAGGAGCCAGCAGUCCUCUACUGCAGCGGACAUGUCUGUGUGCGUCACCCCCCAGAAGAGCCUCAACGCCCCCUUCACACCUGUUAAAUUUAAUGAUUCUAAAUAUGAAGAGCUGCAGGAAAAGUACAGUAAGGAGGUGGAGGAAAGAAAGAAGCUGGAGACGGAGUUAAAAAUUCUGCAAAUGAAACUGGCGAACCAGACAUCUCAGCCCACUCCCCAAAAUACAAUGAACCACCGAGACAUUGCCCGCCACCAGUCGUCCUCCUCGGUGUUCUCGUGGCAGCAGGAGCGGACACCGGGCCGCACGUCGUCCAGCGCCCACGAUCCCUCGCUCAAGAGGAAUUACUCCUCCAUCCAGUAUCCGUGGGAUCCGGAAGAGACGCCGAGCAAAAGAGGAUUCAGAUCUGAGGGCGCGAGCAGGAGCUUCAGCGAGACCGCCAACAAUCCGGCCAAUGAUCAGCUCAGGAGCCAGAAUCAAGAAUUGCGAUCCAGAGUUAAUGAGCUGGAGCUUCGCUUAGAGGUCCAAGAAAAAGAGCUGAAAAAUCAACUUCACAAACUCCAGGAGACUCAGACCCUGAUGGAGAAGACGCAGGCAGAGCUGGCCGAGAGAGACAAGACGCUGAGCAAGAGCCGCGAGGACCUGGCGCGAAUCACUGUCCAGUUUGAACAGUCUGUCGACAAGUGCACGGCGACCGAGCAGAAGCUGAAGAAGGUUUCGGAGGAACUGAGCUGUCAGAGGCAGAACGCAGAGAGCGCCCGCCUGGCCCUGGAGCAAAAACUGAAGGAGCAAGAGAGAGAAAACCAACAGGAGCUGCUGCGUCAGCAGAAUUCCCUAAAGGACAUGGAGCAGCAACUGAACCAGACCAAAAGCAAACUAAGCCAAGAGUCCCAGCAAGCAAAGAACGAGUUUAAUGCCAUCCAAUCAGAACUGGAUCGGGCGACACACGGGAAGAAGGCUCUGGAGCUGGAAGUAGAUGAUUUAAAACAGAAAUUAUCCAGAUCGGAGCAAGCCGUGUCCACCGGCCAGAAUCAUGUGACUGAUCUCAAGAAGGACCUGGAGGAGGCGAGGACUCAGCAAAAUGCAAUCAAAAGUCAACUGGACCAGAAAAUCAAAGAAGCUUUGAAACUAGAAGAUGAAUUCCGAACUGCAAAUCAGACUCUACGGCAGGACCAAGUGUUCAUAGAGGAACUGAAAAACAAGAACAAUAGUUUGGAUGCAGAACUGAAAGCUGCCUUGCAGAAACUUAACUACCAAGACUCGACCUGUUUGGAAAAUCUUAAGGUGACGGUGACUAAUUUGGAGAAGGAAAGAAAUUAUGCAAAGGAAAUGUUGCAGACGAGAGAGAACGACUUGACUGAAAUGAAAAACGCUCAAACUAAAAUGUCGGAAGAAUUGUCAACUCUGAAGAAUCAGCUUCAUUGUAAAGAGCAAGAAUGUAAAGACUUGGGUGAUUGGAAAAAUGAAUGUGAAAAUAAUACUGUCAAGUUCAUCACUGAGAAGGAGGAAACGUCUAGAAGGAUCAAAGACUUGGAAACGACGGUUCAAAAUCUUACCGAUCAGAUCUCUUCACUGGAAAACAAUAAGAGAAACUUGCACACCCAGAUAAAAACCCUUCAAGAUAUUCUUGAUGUAAGAACAUCUGAUCUGGAGGUCCAGAAAGUUAACUGCACCAAUCUGAACAGUCAGAUGGUGUCGGAAGGUCAAAAAUAUCAAAAAGAAAUCGAAAACCUCUUACAAAAAAUAUCUGAACUUGAGAUGCAACGAAAGAUACAAGAAGUAGAUGUCUGGUCAAACCGGGUGUCGUUUUUGGAAAAUGAGUUGGAGACACAGAAACUACUGAAUGCUGAAUUACAAGAUCGGCUGGACCUACUUCUGAGAAAUCAACAGGAAGUCCAAGAGCAUGUGUCUGAAGUGGAAGGAAAGCCUGAGGGUCGUUUGUCUAAUUCUACAAGCUCAAAAGACAUAUCAUCCAAACCUAGUGUGGAUUCUUUUAUAUCUACCAUCAGGGAAAAAGAAGAAGAAAUCAACAUGUUAUCAGAAAAGUUGAAUUUUGUAGAGUCUGAGAUGGAAUCUAUGCAUCAAAAUAACAAAGAACUUAAGACUAAGCUGCAAGAGCUAAAUCUGUUGUCCGAGUCGUGGUCUGCUGAGAGGGAAACACUCUCUGCGUCAGUUACUUCUCUUCAUAAAGACCUCGAAAAGCUGACUGAGGAAAACAAAGUAAUGGGCAACGCGCUGAAUGACGAGAAGACGCAACAAAAGAAUGCAAAGAUUGACAAUUCAGAGAGAGACAUCACAGUCAGUGUUCAAAAAGAUGACCUGGUAGAUGGGUCUAAAGAAGAAAACGGAAGCCAGGAUGAAAAUCCAAAUGGAGACAUGACUGAGUGGAAAGAAAAAGCUCUCAGAAUUCAGAAAGAGAACAGUCGCCUGCUACGAGCUAACGAAGAGCUGUCAUCAUUGAUUGGAAAGCUUCGAGACAAUGAAUCCUCUCUCAAUAAGGUUCUAGAAGAAUUGCGUAUUUGUCUGAAGGACAAAGAAACGUCUUUAAGGAAAGCACAAACAAAGUUAGAAUUGAUGAACAAAAGUUUUAAGGAGGAAGAUUUUUCAGCAGAAAGAGUCCAGGAACCAUUUAUUGGCCUUCAGAGCCCAACAAACUUUAGUGUCGAAAAUAAUAGUGGCUUACAGAUGAAGGAAAAUCGAGAUCGUCUGGAAAGUCCAAAAGAGAAAAAGGCAACCAUUCUCAACAGCCGUGAUGAAACCAUACCCAUUGGCACCAGUAAUCAAACAUUAAUGGAUAAUUCUCUUUUGGAUAUAACUGAAGAUAUUUCUUUGUUUACUCCAUUGCUUGGAUCCCAGAAUCGUGAGGAAAAUUUGACAUUACGGAUCAACAUGGACCAACUCACAUUGGCGUCUGCUAAUGACACCACACUGCUCCUACCAGAUCUUACGCAGCUAGAGUCCCCAAAACCUGCCACCUUUUCUUCACCUUUUAAUCCACCACCUCUUAAUGAAAGGGUUGACAGAAACAGAGACCGAAAAUCUAUUACCAGCGAGAUUGUUGACUUACUCCUCCAGCAGUCUCCUACUCAGCAGCAACAGGUCUUAUCCUCUGGAGUAAAAAGCGAAGAUUUUGUCGAAAUGAAAGAUUUGCUUCUGGUCUACCAAAUGGAACUGAGCAGGUUGCAAAAACAUCAUCUGUCUGAGAUCACCACAUGGCAGCAGAAAUUAAAAGAACAAGCUUUGGAAAUGGAGGCAAAGUUGUCAGCUGAGAAGGCUGAGACUGAGCGGUUGACUCAGGAGCUGGAGGCUGCAAGACUUGAACUUCAAGUUUUUGACUUAAGUGCACGCUCCCUGCUGGCAUUUGAUAAUGAUGAUUUAACUACUAAAUUUGAUGCAGCCAAUCAGACCAUCUGCACGGUCCUGCCCAUAGGAGGCCUAUCACUUGGCAACCAUGAACCGCAAACCUCUGGGCAAAGUCCAGAAGUUGUGAAGAAAGGUGUAGAUGCGAACAUUACAGAAAAUGCUAAUCAAAGAAGUCCUACUGAUGAAGAAAGUAGUGAGAGAGCUUCCCGUUUGAGGAAGAGAAGAAAGGGUUGUAGUGGAGCCCUAGAAACUCAAGAUGUCUCUCAGAGUCUUCACCUAAAGACUGAACAGAAGCAACUUGGGAAGGAAAGAGAAGAGAUCCAUCAGAAUUUGGUAGCAGAAAUAAAAGACCUGUCAGCUCAGAUUGAGAUGCUAAAGACUGAACUUCAUAAGAAAGACAAAGAAAAACAAGAUCUUGUUAAGAAAUCUAAAAAAUUUGAAGUCGAAAGACUGGAAUUACUAGAGAAUAUUGAAUUGAUUUUGACUGAGAAAUCCCAGUUUGCAAAUAAAAUUGUGGGACUUGAGAAAGAGCUUAAUAAUUCAUUGAAUGCCAUGGAGAUAAUGAAACAGCAGAUAUCUGAACUGUCUAGUAUACAAGAAAGUUUAGAGAUCUCCAGCAAGGAAUGCAAAGAAAAUUACCUUCAAACACAAAGCGAGUUGAAGAAGGCAAAAUCUGAAACUGCAAAUAUCGAGAACCAUGCACUGUCUCUAGAAGCUGACCUGGAUGCCCUUCAGUCCAAGUGCCAGCACUUACAAGAAGAAAAUGAAGGCCAUUUAAGAUCCUUUAAUGAGGUUCAGGAGAAUCUUAACACUCUUGUGGCAGAGAAAUGCCAGCUAAAUGAGGAACUGGAGAGUUUAGUUGAAGAAAAGGAAGAGCUUGAGCAAAUGUAUAAAACACUUAAGAUAAGGGAGCAGGAAUUGGAAUCUUGCAAAUCAAGUUCGAAGGAACUAAUAAAGGUAUUGGAAGCUGAAUUACGGACACUAAAGGAGGAACUUCAGGCUGCAAAAUUGACUGCAGAGCAGUUAACGGCAGAAAGAAAUGGUAUGGUUAACUUGCAAGAAAAUGGAAAGAUGCAAGUUCAGCAGCUGCAGGACAAAAUCCAAAGCCUUCAAGAAGAGAAGAAAAUCCUGGUCAAUGAACAAGAAAAUCACCAGAUGCAAGUAAAUAUAUUGCAAGCUGAAAAUGUGAAGCUUUCAAGGAUUCUGGAGCAAUGUCAGCGUGAGAAGCAUGAGCUGGGCAGUAACUUGAAUUCUGCUCGAGAAGAAGUUGCUCUAAUGCGCACUGGAAUAGAGAAACUUAAGGUUAAGAUCGAAGCCGAUGAGAAGAAAAAGCAUCAGUUAAUGGAAAAGCUAAAAGAUAGCGAACGGAAAUUUGACAAGCUAAAUGAUAAGAUCGAAUCUUUGGAACGAGAAUUGCUCAUGUCUGAAGAGAAUUUUGAGAAUGCCAUCUUGCAGACAGAGACAUCAAAGGAUGAAGUAGAGAGUGUCAAGGAGCAAAAAGAGGCUUUAGAAAUUGAAUUGAAUAGUUUACGGAAAAAGAUCGAGGAACUGGAAGGAGAACUUCAGAGCAGCAAGGAGACAAUGGUUGAGUUAGAAGCCACCAUUACAGCCAUUACAAAAACUAUGGAGAACAAAGAAACCGAACAUGCCCAGCUUAUGGACAUUUCCACAAAACAGCAGGAUUUGCUUCAAGUAGAACUGGAAGAAUUACUCGCACAAAAAGCCCUUUCUGACCAAAAAUAUGAAACUGCUAUGGUCGAAUGCGCCGAUAUUUCAUCCAAGAUGAAGCAGCAGAAGGAACAGUUGCAGGAAGAGUUGGAGAAGGCCCAGACAGCCAACAAUAAUCUUAAGGUGGCGCUUCAAAAACUUACUUUGGAUCAAGAAGAAUGCAAAAUUCAACUUGAUAAAAAGACUCAGCAGCUGGUGUCCCUCGAGAGUCAAGCAAAAGACACAGAGCAAUGGGAGAUGAAAUAUUCGUCAGAAGUCUCUCGAUAUGAGGUUGAAUGCGAAAAUUUGAAGAAUCAAAAUAACAGUCUCCAGGCCGCUUUAGAUGAAUUGGAAGAGAAGGUUCGGGCCAUUUCAGCAGAAAAUGAGUCUCUUCAGUCUGUCGUUGCUGGUCUGAAAAACUCAUGUAGUGAUCUUGAAGGCCAGAUGGAAUCCACAAAAUCUGAACAACAGACCCUUCUGGAUAAGGUGGCUGAGCUGGAAGACAAUUGUAGUGGUUUGCAGAGCAAAUUACAAGAUGCUGAUUUACAUCUCCAAAGUAUUAAAGAGCAGCGCAGCAGUGAGCGGAGGGGACUGGAUGAGGAAAUGCAGGCGAUCAGAAGGCAGCACGAGCACAGCAGCGCUCAGCUCCUGACCGCUGCAUCAGAGGCAGAAGAGAUGAAGAAGUCUGUAGCUUCCCUGCAGAGGGAGCUGGAAUCUCAGGCCAAGAACCACAAGGAUGAUAUCGUGGAAUAUGAAAAGCUACUGGCCCAGGCCGAGUCCCAUCACCAGACUCUGCUGGAUGAAGUCCAGAGACAGGUGGCUGAGCUGGAAGACAAUUGUAGUGGUUUGCAGAGCAAAUUACAAGAUGCUGAUUUACAUCUCCGAAGUAUUGAAGAGCAGCGCAGCAAUGAGCGGAGGGGACUGGAUGAGGAAAUGCAGGCGAUCAGAAGGCAGCACGAGCACAGCAGCGCUCAGCUCCUGACCGCUGCAUCAGAGGCAGAAGAGAUGAAGAAGUCUGUGGCUUCCCUGCAGAGGGAACUGGAAUCUCAGGCCAAGAAGCACAAGGAUGAUAUCAUGGAAUAUGAAAAGCUACUGGCCCAGGCCGAGUCCCAUCACCAGACUAUGCUGGAUGAAGUCCGGAGACAAGUGGCUGAGCUGGAAGACAAUUGUAGUGGUUUGCAGAGCAAAUUACAAGAUGCUGAUUUACAUCUCCAAAGUAUUGAAGAGCAGCGCAGCAGCGAGCGGAGGGGACUGGGUGAGGAAAUGCAGGCGAUCAGAAGGCAGCACGAGGACAGCAGCGCUCAGCUCCUGACCGCUGCAUCAGAGGCAGAAGAGAUGAAGAAGUCUGUAGCUUCCCUGCAGAGGGAGCUGGAAUCUCAGGCCAAGAAGCACAAGGAUGAUAUCAUGGAAUAUGAAAAGCUACUGGCCCAGGCUGAAUCCCAUCACCAGACUAUGCUGGAUGAAGUCCGGAGACAAGUGGCUGAGCUGGAAGACAAUUGUAGUGGUUUGCAGAGCAAAUUACAAGAUGCUGAUUUACAUCUCCGAAGUAUUGAAGAGCAGCGCAGCAGUGAGCGGAGGGGACUGGAUGAGGAAAUGCAGGCAAUCAGAAGGCAGCACGAGGACAGCAGCGCUCAGCUCCUGACCGCUGCAUCAGAGGCAGAAGAGAUGAAGAAGUCUGUAGCUUCCCUGCAGAGGGAGCUGGAAUCUCAGGCCAAAAAGCACAAGGAUGAUAUCGUGGAAUAUGAAAAGCUACUGGCCCAGGCCGAGUCCCAUCACCAGUCCCUACUGGAUGAUGCCCGGAGACUACAGGACGGAGACCUAGCGAGCUAUCGGCAGACGCUGACAUCACUGGAAGCAAGUCUUAAUGUGCACAAACAGGAGAUUGAUUGCUUAAAAGCUGGCAAUGGGGAAUUGAAUGAAUCCUUGUGUAAAGCCCGGGAGCAGCUGGCGGAGCUCGAACAACUUAAGAUCAAUCUUAAUGAUUUGGAGAAGGAAAAUGCUAAGAUCUGUAGUGAUCUCCAUCACUGGAUGAAGUCGUGUAAAGAGCUGGAAGGGGCGAAGGAGCAGCUGCAGGCGAGGCUUUCGCAGCAGGAGGAGACGCUGAAGGGCCUGACGCAGAAGCAUGACCCGACAGACAUGAACACCAGCAAUAACGACUUCCUGUCGGAGAUUGAAGAGUUAAAACAGUACUUGGAAGAGAAAACGCUGGAGGCUGACGAGAGCGUCGAGAAAUACUGCAACUUAAUGAUCAAGACUCACAAACUGGAAGAGGCCAACGACACGCUGAAGAAGCAGGUGGAUCUGCUGAGCACCAGACUGAAAGAGCUCGAACCCAAGCAAGAAGCGGUGGAAUCUCAGACGCUGUCAUCGGAUGAGGCCAAGAAAAGAAGGAAGAGCACAAGGUCCAUUCAGGUGAAGCAAGCAACUAAGAGACGAAGGGAAUCUGAGAACAUGGGGCAAAAUCCAUCAACCCCUCAAGCCGUGACCAAAAAAGUGAAGAAAAAUGGAAGUCAGAGCUUAGAAGAAAAGUUUGAGCCUGAAGGGCUUUCAGAUGUUGUGAAAAAAGGAUUUUCCGAUAUCCCAUCUGGGAAGCAAAGUCCAUUUGUCCUCCGGAGAACAGCGGCGCCAUUAAGGAGGAGCCCACGCCAGCGGCUAAACUCUCCAUCCGUACUGAACACGCGUAUUGAUAAUCUAGAAAACCUCCCUGAUCUGAACAGUCCAACACCAGGGGGCAGCAAAGCCCAAGUGACAAAGGCCACGGAGGAGGACUCUGCUCCAAUGGACGUUCUAUCUCCACUUGUCAAGACAAGGAGUCGAGCGUCUGAUAACAUGCGUGCCGGCGGACCAGAGAGCAUGCGGACACCCGUGAAAGCUUCACUUGAUGACACUGAAGAAGAGGGGGCAUGUCAAGUGCAGUGAUUGACCCGCACUGGUUUCUCGUAUUAUUCUGUACAAGACUGUAGCUGACCGGCUGGGCCGGGCGUGGACGCAGCUCUUUAUUUUGGAUGGUUGAACCACAAGCUGAAGAUUGGGGAUCGCCUACAAACUAGAUGAUACAUUAAAUAGCUGUCAGUUUGUUCUCCACUGACCGCCCCAUGCAUGCUCAGAUUAGUCGAGUGUGCAUGUGUUCUGACUGGGGAGAAAGCCGAUGCCAUAUGCAAUUAUAUUGCUCUGUGAACUAAGAAAAUGAAAAUACUUGAAUAUUACUUUAUUAUAAAUAUAUUCCCAAAUACCUUUUAUUAGUUAGAUUGG